GUGAAUUCGCCGUUGAAAUGCUUACUCCCGUUCAGCAACGUGCAAUAUUAUACAAUCUUCCAAAUCUGGUUGCAGAUUUGGAUGUAUUUGAUGUGAUGGAUCAUUUGAUUGCUACCACUCCGUCUUGUUUAACACCCACGGAUUAUGAAACCAUUACCACGACAGCACAACAGAAAGGAAGAGCUGCUGGUGUUCGUUCUCUGGUCACAUGCUUACUUCGACGUCCGUUGGACUCACCGGUUUUUGCUGCCUUCUGUUCUGCCUUGCGUGAACAAUACGGACACUUAGCGGAUCUUUUAGAGAGCAGUUUACAACAACAACCACAACCUCAAACAUCCAUUAAUGUAGAGUCCCCAGUGGUAGACAGUAAAAAUCACCCGGUCACCUCAAAACCCCUCGAUAAGUCGCGUUCUCUGGAAACUCCUUGUCAGAAUUGGAGUGAUUUUUCCAUUUUGCUGAGCCUCUCUAGCUUGGGAUUUUCAAACGCGGUCUGUGGUAAGUGUGACGUCUGUUUUCCUCACGUAACAUGUUGA